AUGCCAAAUAAGCCCAAAAAGGAUAAAAUUGGUGUCAAAAACAACUCAAACAACAAUAGAGACCAAAACCAGAAGGAAAACAAUGAGACCAACGAUGAG